AUUGUGAUGAGACAAUAUGUAUUUAUAGAGUUAGGGAGGAGACUUAGCUACAAAACCCUAGUUGGGCUGGGCCUGCUCAUCAAAGGCUUCAGUCAACUAGAAAAGCCCACACUUCUGCUUCACCUAGACUUUACACACAGAUGCUAAGCCCAUUAACAAUUGAUCACCAACAACAUGGGCUAACACAGCAAAGAACUAUCCAAUCAACCCAAGUUUUAAUAAAACCAAUAAAACUUAAUGUAAGCCCAAAUAAAAAGUCUAACACUUGGAACCUAAACAAAACUAGUUGUGUUCCGAUAUUGGACAACUACUGAAACUCUGUCUAUUGUACAAUGAAACGUUGCAUUGACCAAACAUAUCAAUAUCUAUUAUUAAAUUAUACAUUUUUAUCCGUAGAAAUGAUUCAAAUUUCAGAUCCCUGGCCAAAAGAACAAACGCCAAUAAAGCCAAAACAAUUGAUCGAUGUAGAAAACAAGAAAAAUAUAUUUAAAAAUAAUUUCAUAUCCAUCUUUCCCCUUUUCGAUUAAAACUAUUUGAAUUGGACUAUUCCAUAAAAACAUUUCUUUACCCACUUUGAAAGUACCUCCUUAAAAUGUCUCAUGACCAGCUGUAGACAUUUUUAGACCAUUACUACUUGUUUUAAUUGCCUCUUUAUUCCCUUACCUCAAAAUUGAGAGGCUAGGCUAAUAAGCUAGAUACCUCUCUCUCAAACCUCACACUACUACUACUACUAAUCUAUUAUUACAUGGCUAAAAAUUACAACGAUCACCGCCGUGACGCGGUGAUUGACAUAGCAAAUAAGGCUGUGAACUUCACUGGUGGGUUAGAGUUCAGUGACUUGACAUACACGGUAACGAAGAAAAAGAAGGUAGAAGGCAAAUGGGAGAGCCAGGAAGUAGACUUGUUGCAUGAGAUACGUGGUUAUGCGCCUAAGGGGUCCAUCACCGCGGUGAUGGGGCCGAGUGGUGCUGGAAAAUCCACCCUUUUGGAUGGUCUGGCAGGCAGAAUCGCCAGUGGGAGUCUAAUGGGCAGAGUGUGUUUAGAUGGUGUAGUAAUGAACCCAAGCAUGAUCAAAAGGACUUCGGCUUAUAUUAUGCAAGAAGAUAGGCUGUUCCCAAUGCUUACAGUCUUCGAGACUUUGAUGUUCGCAGCUGAUUUUCGACUCGGCUCCAUCUCUCGUACCGACAAGAAACACAGAGUGGAAAAACUUAUCGAACAACUUGGAUUAACAUCAGCUCGCAACACCUUCAUAGGUGACGAGGGAAGUAGGGGAGUGUCGGGCGGUGAGAGGCGAAGAGUUUCUAUAGGUGUUGACAUCAUUCACGGUCCAUCUCUGCUUUUCCUCGACGAGCCAACCUCGGGGUUGGACUCAACCAGUGCUCACAGCGUCAUAGAAAAAGUUCACGACAUAGCACGAUCGGGCAGCACCGUGAUCCUCACCAUUCACCAACCCUCCUCACGAAUCGUGCAGCUUCUUGACCACCUUAUAGUUUUGGCUCGAGGGCAACUCAUGUUUCAAGGCCCACCCAAGGAUGUCACUGGCUACCUCAAUAGAAUGGGGCGAAAAGUGCCUAAUGGAGAGAGCUCCUUAGAGAAUCUUAUAGAUGUUAUUCAAGAGUAUGAUCAGUCUGAAUUGGGAGUUGAGGCUGUAGCUGAAUUUGCGCGCACGGGCGUGAAACCCGCCAAGUUAAGGGAAAUAGAUGUUUCGGUUAUUUCAACAGUAGUGCCAUCAUCACCAACAGCACUACCUCGCCGAGGGAGUCGUGAUGGUGUUGCGAGGGGAGGCAAUAAAAGGCUUCACUUGCAUGCUAGUAAAGAUAAUGCUUCGGAUUUUGAUCGUAGUGUGAGGAGCCCUUAUAAUAAUAAUUCCACGUCAAGGUCGUGGGCUGCUAGCCAUAGUGGUGUGGUGGAGAAACUAAAGUUUACUCCACCUCGGCCCAAGAAUACUGCUCAUCAAAAAGCUGCAGGCAACCCUAUGAGUUCAUCACCGGGAUAUUACGCCUACUCAAGCGAGAUCCUACCAGGCACACCAACCCCACACAGCAGUGACUACACAGUAAACGAGAACGAUUACAUGACACCAGGUGUGCUAGACAGCUCCAUCAUCAACUACGGUCCCAAAUUCUCAAACUCAUUUUUCCCAGAAACAUGGACCUUAAUCCGCCGCAACUUCAUCAACAUCCGCAGAACACCAGAACUCUUCCUAUCACGACUCGUGGUCCUAACCGUCAUGGGUUUCAUGAUGGCCACAAUGUUCAAAGACCCACCAAAAACACUCCAAGGCAUAACAAACAGAAUCAGUUUCUUCAUCUUCACAGUAUGUCUCUUCUUCUUCUCCUCAAACGACGCCGUCCCAGCCUUCAUUCAAGAACGCUUCGUCUUCGUUCGCGAAACCUCUUACAACGCCUACCGCGCCUCUUCCUACACCAUAGCCGGCCUCAUAACCUACCUUCCCUUUCUUGCUCUCCAAGCACUCGUCUACGCUCUCAUCGUCUGGUUCGCCCUUAAACUCGACGGCCCUUUUCUCUAUUUCUACAUUGUUCUCUACGUUGCUUUGCUCUCCACCAAUUCUUUUGUCGUCUUCGUUAGCUCAAUCGUGCCCAACUACAUAUUGGGUUACGCGGCUGUGAUAGCUUUCACAGCUCUGUUUUUCUUGUUUUGUGGGUAUUUUUUGAACAGUCAUGAUAUUCCUGUUUACUGGAAAUGGAUGAAUAAGAUCUCAACCAUGACUUAUCCUUACGAAGGUCUGCUGAUGAAUCAGUACCAGAACACCGUCGUGUUUGGAAUCAAUCCGAGUGAUGGGACACCUGUGAAUGGACAGAGUAUAUUGAAGAGUCUCGGGAUUGAUAGUGAUUUAGGAUCUAAUAAGAAGUGGGAAAAUGUUGUCAUAAUGUUGGGUUGGGCUGUGCUUUACAGGGUUUUGUUUUACUUGGUUCUUCGUUUUGCGUCUAAGAACCAGAGAACGUAAGAGAAAUA